AUGGGGAAUGGUCCAAGUGGACAGAUUCCAGUUACACUGCCUCCCUCUGUUAUAGAAGCGAUAUAUAAUGAAAAGCCGUACAAGGAUUUAGACUGGCGGUGUCUACAGCCUGAGAUUACGACAGCGUUGAUAAGUUACAAAGCUAAUGUUGCGCCAGCAGUGUUGGAACCACAGUCAGUGAUUGGGAAAGAUGUGAUACUAAAAGAGUUUAAGCCACUAUCUUAUUUACAUAAUCUUCUACCACACAAAGCUCAAAAGGGGAUUAAAAACAUUGAUAUUGAGCUAACAUGUAUCGAUGUGAACACAAACUACAUUGGACUUGGAUCGAAUAUUGGAUUGGUAUUUCUAUUUGAUAGAAAACACCAACAGCUUGUGAGGUUGAAAUGUGAGUCUGGGAGUCACCACAUAACCACUGUCAAACUGCUCUCCUGUUUAGAUGAUUUAGUAGCUGCUGGAACAUCCAAUGGUCAUCUCUGUAUUUUUCAGUUACCCUCCAAAUUACCUGGCCAUCAUACAGAGCUACAGAAACAUUCAUUGGACAAAUUACAUGACUGUGCAAUAACCUGUGCCGAGUGGAGCACCAAUGGAAUGAAACUGUACACUGGAGAUGAGAAAGGACGUGUCAUCUAUACAUCAGUAGAUUUUUAUCAGAGUCCAGUUUGUCAGUCUUUUCAAAUAUUAACUGAAGGCAGUCGAAUAACUCAGUUAAGUUAUUUUCACAAGACGUUAUUAGUUUCUACUUUGCAAAGAUCAGUAUUAUGUUAUACUGAGGAAUCAAAUAAACUGACUCAAGUUGGAAAAAAGCCACGAAAAAGUGAUGGUCCAUUUGGUGCAUGUUUUAUACAAGAGGUGUGCAGAGCAAGCGAUGCUACAUUGUACGCCACUCGACCUGGUUAUCGAAUAUGGAAAGCAGGCAUGGAUGGAUCAGUCAAACAAACGUAUUUAUUGAAGGAGCUAAAAUCACAAGUACAUCCCAAAAUAGAAUUCCUCUCUGAUACUCUUGUUGCAACAAGACAUCGGAAUGACGAUCAACAGUUUGAAUGUGUAUUGCUGUACAAUAAUGAACACUUGUUCACAUGGUCUGAUAAUCAUCUGUAUGUGUAUGAUCCAAGUCAGCAAGUUAUUAUUGGUAGCAUUCAAGACAAUAUUGGGAGUAUUGUAAGCAUCGCUACUAGUCAAGAUGAAAUAUUUCUACUAAGAAGUAACAAUGUGGAAAGACCCGUUAUUAGAAUUGCUACUAAACCAGAAACUAAAUUGUAUAGACCUCAUGAUCAAGUCGUUGUAGACUUGUCAACUGUUCCUUCCACUCACAUGAUAGAUUCCUUGACUAAUGCUAAAGUACCAGCAGCAGCCAUUGACUCCGUAAAGAAGUCUGUGUCACAGGAUGAUUCUAGACUACACAUUGGUAAAGUAUUGAGCACAUUGAAACUAACUCGAAGUAGAAGCUCAGAAGAUUUACAAGAGUCAGGGAUGCACGAAAUGAAGUUGCUGAGUUCAAAGCUGCUUGAGAGAAUAAAAUUGAUAACGUCCAAGAACAAAGACGAGACUGAUGGAUUCAAUGUUCCGAAGACACAAGAAUUCAGUGUGUCCGAGGUGAUGAAUGCAACUGAGUUGCCAGUUUUGAAAACUAGUGAUAUUGACAGUGUUGCGAACGAUUCCAGCAGGGCUGUCGAAAUUAGUAAGCCUGAUGAGGUAGGUCCAAUGAAGUGCAGUAGUGGUGCAGCAUUGGAUUUGAAUGAAAAGACAGUGGUAGCCCAACAUGACAUUGCAGGUGAAUCAAAUGCACUAAGUGAAAGGGUGCCUGGAAGCUUCAGUUUAACAGACAAUAAAAAUGGAGAUUUUACGACAAAAAUUCAACCAAUUGCAUCUACGUCAGGAGAUAUUGUGUUUACGCCUAAAAAGAAAAAGAAGAAAAAUGCCAAGACAAGAGAUGUCAGCCCGCAUGAUGUCAAAGAACUGAAGAGGCCUGAUACAAUCAGUCUGUCUUCUACUACAAGUAGUGCUAGUGAUCAUGGUGGUAACACACCUACCAUGGACACACCAGUAUUUGAACAACCAGCUGUCAGUGAUACCACAUAUGCUACAGAGACAGAGGUUUCAGAAUCGCAAAUUGAUACAAUGACUGAUAAAGAUGUAAUAGGCGAAGCAGUUGUACCAACUGGUGAGACGGAGGUAGAUAGCAGUGCAGAGAUUCCAGAAAAUGAAGAAAAAGGUUUGGAAAGUGGGAGUGAAGUUGAAGAUGAAGAUGAAGCAAAAGAGAAGUUAGAUGAGGAGGGUUUUGUUGAAGAAGUGAACAAUGAUUAUCAAAGUGUAGAAACGUUGGAACCAUUAGAAAGCGGUUCUUUUACAGAUUCUACUCAGAGUACUGACAACGAUGAAGACAUUUAUGCCACUUACGCUCCAGAAAGUGAACAAGAACAAGCUGUAUCUGACAGGACUCCCCCGUUAUCACCGCUGGAACAAUCAUGUGAGAAAGUUACAAUGGAAUAUAUGCAAUUUAAAGUAGCUGAUUCAUGGGUGCAGUGUGAUAUUCCUAAAAAUAUCACGUACAUGACGUCGUCCGAUAAACACUUAUGGUGCGUUGAUAACAAAGAUAGGGUAUAUCACUGCCUGUCAACCGUCAGUGGGAACAUCAAAUGGAGUAAGCUGAAGGACUCUGCAAAAGAGAUUGCAGCAUCACCCUCUGAGAAUAUCGUAUGGUGCAUACAUCGGAAGACUAAUGCGGCGUAUGCCAGUAGCGAGAGCACACGUAAGACGCCGAUUGGAUCCAAGUGGACUAAAGUGUUAACAGAUGUGGCACAUGUCAGUCUAGAUGACAACAUGGCAUGGAUAUUGAAAACUAACGGUGAUCUGUAUGUCCAGAAAGGACUGUCUCGUGAUAAGCCUUAUCUGAACAGAUCAGCUAGGAUUAGUAAUAAACAAAAGUUAAUCCAGAUUGUAUCUGUGAGGCAUGUUGUGUGGGGGUUAACUCAAGAUAACCGAGUGAUUUACAGGAAAGGCAUCUCUCAGUCUAUUCCGGAAGGCACAGAUUGGAAAGUGUUAGAUUCAGAUUCAGAUUCAAGGGAUGAGAAACAGACCUACACAUCUAUUUCCCUGGGAGGGAAGAACACUGCAUGGGCUGUGGAUGAUAAGGGAGGAGUGUGGUUUAGACAAGGUGUUACCAUGGUGAUGCCACAGGGAGAAGAUGGAAAAUGGUGGCAGGUGUCCAUGAGUGACUAUCUAAUGCAGGACACCAACAUGUUGGAAUCAUUUCUUGGAUUCGCUGAUAUACAUAAACCAAUGGAAAUGGUGACCAGUUUUUGGAAAGGACCUCAAGCUAAUCACAUUACUGCAAAUAACAGUAGCGUGUGGGUAGCUGGAGCUAAGAAUACGUUGCAUGUAUCUAGAGGAAACUUACUGGGUUUAGUGUGGGCAUUACAACCUAAUGGUGAAGUAUUUUGUUUUCCACCUUCGUCUCGCAAACCUACCCCAGUUAUCCCCCCUCUGAAUAUCAUGUUCAGUUACAUCAGUGCCACACCAGAUGCUGUCUGGGGUCUCUGCUGUAACGGUAUCAUAUUCAUCAGAGGAGGUAUGGCUGAGCACUGCCCACAAGGUGUGAGCUGGAAACCUCUUGAUCUCAGUCAGCUAGGCAGUGUACAUAUCAUCUCUCUGUCCUGUGGUUAUGACUCCGUAUGGGCCUGUGACACCAAUGGUAACAUCUACUUCCGGAUGGGUGUCAAGCCCCCACAGUAUGCAUUUCUGAAUCCAGCAUGGGUUCCUGUUGAGGGGAAACCCCAAGGAAUAGGGACCUACUUCACCCAAGUUUUUGUUGGAUCAUCAGAGAAAAUGAGAGUCUGGGCAAUAGAUAAUAGGAGUACAGUCUAUGCAAGAACUGGUGUCAGUCGCAAAAUGCCAAUAGGAUCCCGUUGGGAGGCAGUACCAGGAACACCUGCAAUUCGGUUAUCCAUUAGUAGUGAUAUGGUGUGGGCAAUAUGUCCAAAUGGCGAUGUAGCAUGCAGAUAUGGAAUCAGUGACAGCAACCCUAUUGGUGACUACUGGAAGAAAAUACCAGGAAAUUUUUCACUCAUAUCAGCCUCGCCGAAGAAUCAUCUGUGGUCUAUCGAUAAAGAAGGACGGUUAUUCCAAAGGACUACAAAAACAUUGCUCCGAUGCAUUACAUCUACUCCACUGAGACAAUCCAGCAUAUCAGAUGAUUGGGAAGUACUCUGA